GGACAGGUGGGCACAGAGGGCAGAAACCCUGGAGCCCCCAACCGACCAUGACCCAAAGCUGCAGACACUUCAGCCCUGCCCUGGCCCCCAUCCUGCUGGCCCUGCUGCUGGGGGGCCCCGCGCUGGCCUCGGAGAUAGUGGGGGGCCGGGCGGCCCGGCCGCACGCCUGGCCCUUCAUAGCUUCGCUGCAGCUGCGCGGAGGCCACUUCUGCGGCGCCACCCUCAUCGCGCGCAACUUCGUGCUGUCGGCAGCGCAUUGUCUGAACGGCGUGAACUUUCGAUCGGUGCGCGUGGUGCUGGGGGCGCAUAAUCUGCGGCGGCGGGAGCGAACCCGGCAGAUGUUCAGGGUCCAGAGGGUCUUUGAAAACGGCUUCGACCCCUUGAGCCUGCAGAACGACGUCGUGGUUCUCCAGCUCAACAGGAUGGCCACCCUCAACGCCAACGUGCAGGUGGCCCAGUUGCCUGCCCAGGACCAGGGCGUGGGCGAAGGUGUGCAGUGCGUGGCCAUGGGCUGGGGCCGGCUGGGCACGAACCGGCCACCGCCCCAAAUCCUGCAGCAGCUCAACGUGACCGUGGUGACUGGUCUCUGCCGCCCCACCAAUGUGUGCACCCUGGUGCCACGCCGGCGUGCUGGCAUCUGCUUUGGGGACUCCGGCGGGCCCCUGGUCUGCAACGGGCUGGUCCAUGGGAUCGAUUCCUUCAUCCGUGGGGGUUGCGGCUCCGGGGUCUUCCCAGACUCCUUUGCCUCUGUUGCCAAGUUUGCCAACUGGAUCAACUCUAUCAUCCGGCGCUACAGUGACGACGAUGGCCCCUCUCUCCACCCCAGGGACCCCACGGGCAGGACCGACUAGAAAGGCUGUACCUGUCAUGCCCCCUCACCUGCCCCUGGCUGGGCCCUUCCCAUGAAGCAUCACUCAGCAUCUGGCACAAUAAAAACCUCUCUCUGUUUUGUA